AUGGCUCCCACUCACCGUCGAGGACCUUGGGUCCCUGAGGAGGACCAGUUGCUGCUUCAGUUGGUUCGCGAGCAGGGCCCCAAUAACUGGGUCCGCAUUUCCCAACACAUGCACUAUCGGUCUCCCAAGCAGUGCCGGGAGCGCUUCCACCAGAACCUCAAGCCAUCGCUCAACCGGGAGCCCAUCUCCGUUGAGGAGGGGAUUAUGAUUGAGCGCCUCGUGAGUGACAUGGGCAAGCGGUGGGCCGAAAUUGCCCGACGACUGGGCAACCGCAGCGACAACGCGGUCAAAAACUGGUGGAACGGUAGCAUGAACCGGAAGAGACGAGGCCUGCCUACGUCAGGCACACCUCAUCCUGGACGCACCUGCAACGGCCGAGUCGAGGCUCCGUAUGCGCGCGCUUCGAUCAGUCUGAGCAGCCCAAUCAGUCGCUCUCGGUAUUCAUCUAUCUCUCACGAUCGUCCUUUGACUUCCUGGUCGAAAUCGCCCUCUCGGAGGGACUCUUGCUCAACCACAUCCAUCGACUGCCCCCGGCAGUUGACCCCGAUUUACACACUCCCGGCCCUCAACCGUCCCGUCGAAACCCCCUUGACCUCGCCUGCUUUCUCCGAAGCCUCCAACACCCUCUCAAUUGAACCUCCUUCCAUGGUCUCCGACCACAACUCAGUUUCAUCCGCGUCUCCCCGAACCGUCUCUUCCCCGCAGCUCCUACCCUUCCCGCUUGAUCCCCGCCAGCAGUACGGCGAUUUGCGCAGGCCAAGUGCACCACUCCAACCCUCGGACGAUGUCUACUUCUCCGCUGGCCACCCAACAGCCAUGGAGCCUUUCUCCGAUCUAUCGCUCAAACAGCGAUGGGCUUCCGAUCGUCGGUCGUGGAACCAACCCUCUGCUCUCCUACCGCAGACCUGGCCCAUGUCCCCGGAGGGGCCUCGCCUGAAUAAAGCCGAAGCUCCCCGUGAUUCUCGCAUGGGUCUCGACAACCUGCUCAAUUAA